UGUACACGUCAGAUCAUCUCUGAAAAAUUGGGUCGUGGCUCAAGAACAGUAGAUCUCGAACUAGAAGCUCAGAUAGAUAUGUUAAGAGAUAACAAAAAAAAAUAUGAAAAUAUCUUGAAACUGGCACAGACGCUGUCCACACAACUCUUCCAGAUGGUACAUACCCAAAGGCAACUUGGAGAUGCAUUUGCUGACCUGAGUUUGAAAUCAUUGGAACUUCAUGAGGAGUUUGGCUACAAUGCAGAUACACAGAAACUUCUAGCUAAAAAUGGAGAAACUCUUCUUGGGGCUAUUAACUUUUUUAUUGCCAGUGUGAAUACAUUGGUGAAUAAAACAAUUGAGGAUACAUUAUUGACUGUGAAACAGUAUGAAAGUGCCAGGAUUGAAUAUGAUGCCUAUCGAACAGACCUAGAAGAGCUGAAUCUUGGCCCUCGUGAUGCAAACACUCUGCCAAAGAUUGAGCAAUCACAACAACUGUUUCAAGUGCAUAAAGAGAAAUACGAUAAAAUGCGUAAUGAUGUAUCUAUCAAAUUGAAAUUUUUGGAAGAAAAUAAGGUUAAGGUGUUGCACAAUCAGCUUGUUCUGUUCCAUAAUGCCAUUGCGGCAUACUUUGCUGGGAAUCAAAAGCAGCUUGAACAGACACUUAAACAGUUCCACAUCAAAUUGAAAACUCCUGGAGCAGAUGCCCCAUCCUGGCUCGAAGAACAGUAAUUGGAUCAGAGAAGAGGACCCAAUGUUAACCUAAAAAUCUUUUAAAUCUGAUAAUAAUUAAGGAUGGGGGUUGAAGGACUGUUGUAGUGAUUCUUGCACAGACAGCUUUAAUUUUUUCCCCUUUUAUAAUACUGUAAAACUGAAUUUGGUGGGAAAGUGGGUGACUUUAAGGUAACCAAACGUAAUUUCUGUAAUUUCAAAUAUAGAGCACUCCUUUUGUAUGUGAAGGUUGGUGAUUAUUUCUGUAACUAGGAUAGGGGAGGAAGGGGAGGGAGGGGAAAGAAAACUAUUAUAGAUUUGCACUGACAAAUGAUGUUUGUGAUUUCUGGUCAUUUUGGUGGCUAGUCAAAAUUUUUCCAAGUGGAGGUUUACGUGAUUUGUACCAACAUCUGGUAUUUUAUAGAUGAAUAUAGAAAACAACUUUAGUAAUUUUCAUAUGACUUUUAAAGAGGAGAGAGUUAAAAGAAUAUUUUGCAGAUUAAUAAUAUAAGGCCUAUAUGCAUUAUCUGCAUGUAAGGCAACAGUAGCAGGUUGCUCAUUGACUAGUGGAAUUGCAGCAAAUGUCUUUUUAAAAGAUGUACCUUUCCAUCAUAUGUUAAAAAAAAAAGAAAGAAAAACACUAAAGCAAGAAUCACUGUCAGUCUGAGGCUUCUAAGCACACAUUUGCUUUGCACCAAGUGGUUUGCUGAGUGUGGCCAACCAUGCAAUGUACUAAUUUAAUUUACAAUUUUACUUUCUCUGAAACAAAUACCGUACUAGCCUUAAAUCACAGGUAUGUGCCUUUUUAUAAGAGAAUAUUUUCAGCAAGUGUACAUAAUCCAAGAACCCUUUCACAUAAUGGUUUGUCAAUUCCCGAAAAGGGAAAGGAGACUGUGUAAAUGCUGUUUUGUUGUACACUUGGAGCAAGUUAAAGCUUUAGUUAACCUUCAUGGACUGGUAUGAUCUUGAGAGAUGAAAGCAAGACAGUGUGGUUUUUCUAUUUAAUUGAAAAAGCAUACUUCAGUAAUGGGAGCAAUGUGGAGGAUACUUUUUUAAUUUCUCCAUCAAUUGUGUAGUCCUUAAAUGUAAAAUUCUAUGUCAAUUUUAUCGUAGGCAUUUUAAAUUCAAUAUAUUGGAGUCCUCAUUUGCACAUGUUACGUUGCUUUCUGUUUAUUAAGUAAAAUUAAAUACUUCAGAUAUGUUACUUACAUUGGUGUGGAUCAUAUGAUUUAUGUACUGUAUGUUCAAAUGCCUUUCAGCUGACAUUCAAAGUUUUCAGUGCUUAACACAACUGUAAUGUAACUGUAAAUCAAACUUUUUAAUCAUUCCUCAUUAAAUUCUUGGCCUGACAGAGCCUUCUUUUAUGUUUUUGUUCUGUCAGAAUCUCUUGUAAUAUCUCUUGUUCAUUUACGUUCCCCAGAAUGUAUAUCCUAUGUGAAUUUUGUAUCCAUAUUAAAGGUGUUUGCAGUCAAA